GUGCUAUUCAAGCUGUUCUGCGCCCUUACUGCACCAGGUCCGUCCAAGCGCGUGCGGCUUGCAGCAAGAGGGUUGCUGUCUCGGCAGAUCACGAGUUCUUGCUCCAAGAACGGCUCUCAAAAUGUCUCUUUGGUCCUCCUACAAAUCCCUGUCACCAAAGACACGCGCUGCCAUAGGCUUUGCAAUGAUGGCAAAUGCUGCCGCCAUGCUAUUGUUCUCCGACCAGAUCGAAAGUGCGCUCGGUGUAGCGUCAAAUCCUCAAGACCAGCAGAGCAUCCUCAAAGUAUACAGCGUCGACAGAGAACAGAAGAGUUGAACAGGUAUCGAGAACAGACAAGAUGAAUGGAUACUGGUAGUGGUGUGCAAUCACUCGAAUGGAAAGCGCAUCGACUCCGCCGGACUACGGUUCAACCAACAGACAAGGGGACUACCGCAACCAGAGAGUAAGCCACAUAUGGAGCUCCGCAAGACGGCGAGUGUCAAAGUUGAAUGAAACCGGCGUAUAACGAUGCUGAACAACGAGCGGCCAGGUGCAACAUGUCAUCAGGACGAUCAUGGGUCUGAUGCUUGGAAACUCCAUCCACGACCAGAGCGUCUCCGGCUGUAAGAUGCCAUUUUGGCCGAUGUGCCGACAACAUGAACCCAUCUAGAGUUCGAAGGGAUUUCUAAUAUCUAUCGGAGGGACAUUGUGAACUUCAUGGGGGCAUUGCUCACGCCGACUGUCUUGCCCUUUCAUUCAGGCCCGGGCAAGGUGAUGUUAUGCAUGGGAGCCACAUGAGGAGUAUGAUGGUGAAGUCGGCUCCGUACCAGGCACAAGAAUUACUGCCGCCAUGUUGCCUUUUACGGCAAUUUCACCUGCCCGAUCCGGCUGACCGCCUUGCUUUUGAUGAGCCAGCAUCGAUGGAUACCCAGGUAUAUAAUAUCUUUUCCAGUCACGUGUCAACUUCGGUUUCUCUUUUGUAUUGUAUCCUCGAGGUUCUUGCCGAAUGGCCUUCCGCGCCACCCGGAGGGGCGUCACAUCGUGAUUCACCUUUGGGUCAGAACACGGUGAAAUGGUUUGGACGUGGUAGAAUCGCCUGGCUUCCAUCUGGUCAUCGGCUUCGACAAUGCCAAGGACAGCGCAGUAGUCUAUGGAACAAACAGGUAGAGAUCGGUAUGG